AAACACAUGGCCUCAACUUCCGGUUUUACAACAAGUUUAUGAGUUGAUUGCAAUCUAACAACAUUAACGUGUUCAUAUUGCUUGUAUUAUUAGCUCAUGAAUAUUUCAUGCUAAAACAAUGGUUAAAAUAAGUAAGCACAAUAUGUUAGUCCGAUAAUGAUCUAUAUACUAUUUAAAAAUAUUACUUAUUUACUCUUAAAUUAAUAAAAAAAAUGUCAAACAGUUGACUCCACUCACUAACUUUAAAUUUAAACAUUAACACCUGGGUAUAACAAUUUGAAUCAAUGCCACAAGUUACAAAUUCAGUUAACUGGGUGUGGGACCACAUAUCUGAUUCAGCUCACUAGGCUGAUAAUUGACUAGACCUACGGAAUGAUAGAUAUUAUCAUUACCUAUCUGCCUAUCUAUACUAUUAUACAUUUUCCAAUUACUUCAAAAAAGUAUACAAUUAUUAUUAUUAUUAGUCAUUAGUGAUUAGUGGCCUAGGCCAAAUUAAACUAAAAGUAGACUAUUUUUUAUUAUUAUAAUUAAGCCUACUUUUUUUUUUUUUUUUACAAGCUUGGGUAAAUUACGCAAACAAAAUCGGUCACUCAUUUCCCAUGACUGCCAUCUUAGUUGCCAUGACAACAGACAUGUCAUAACAACCAAGAGAUGUCAGCCUGUAGUGCAAACAUUGGUCAUAGGCAUAGGUCUGCCAAAAUGGGAAGUGGAAAGAGAGAAUGUGCUGUUGUAGUACUUACUUUCUGAGAGUCAAGUGAAACAUAAAUUAGGUGGUAUAAAACGUUAAAAUUUAAUUAAUUUUUGUUUAAAAAAUACUUUCCAUCCUAAAACCUACUGCUCUGUCUAACCCAAAUGUUAAGUCAGUAUCCCCAACUCAAGUGUAACCCCUCUCCCCCCCCCAAUUUAGUCCCCACUAACUUAGGCGUAAAUCUUCAAACCUAAAUUCUGUUACCUAAUGCCUAACGUGAACACUAAAGCCACAUGUUUGUGUGCUGCAGUUACGUACGGUACUGAGAAAAUCAUAAAUUUAAAGAUACAAGUUAUUUGAUAAAUAUUUCAAAUAAUAAAAAAGCAGAGAAUCUUACACAGAAACUCAAAGUGGCACGGAUUGCAUAAUUUUACUCAAACUUGAAUUAUGCUAUUUUUUAGAAUAAAUAGAAGACAGAAUCUAUUCUAAGCUGUGGUCUACAUUCUAUUAUUUAAAAUUAUUAAGAGUACAUCCUAUGAUAGAAUAUCGCCUGGCAAACUAUAGCCUAAUGCAUAUGCCGUAGCUGUAUAAUAUAGCCGAGAAGAGUAAUGACAGCAGUUGAGGGGUGUAGACCGCAUGGGGUGAUACCCAUUGGGGAAAAAGGAGUAGUAGUGUUACACAAGUGGUUCUAAGUGGAAGAUUUUAAAUCUGACACGAGCUUGUUUGAUUCUGUGUUAUGAAAGAUCUAUAUGUAUGUAAAUAAAAGAGCAGGGUGCCAACAGAAUGUCUAGAACAGAGUGCUACCAUAAGAUCUGUCCCUUGAUCAGAGAUACAAAUAGAUUGGAGUGACACAAGACAGAAAGGUGCCACGAGACUUCAGGGCAUGUUUCAUUAAUUCAGGUUGCCAUCUGAUGAGGCAGGCAGAGGUCCGUGGAAAAGUUUGGAGGGGUAACACCAUGAGUUUACAGCACUGGGUGACAUGAAACCCUAGUGACGGCACUUCUAUAGGUCCAAUAUAUUCCAUGGCAUCACACCUGAAACAGUAAUCUGUUUAUUUGUUCAUAGUUACAGUGCCCAGGGUGAGGCCUGGAAAUGCCCCACAAUGCAGCAAUAAUGCUAUAUGAUUUAUCCAUGUGUAUGUAUCGAAAAAUUGUGAUGUUGGGGCUUGCUCUAGUUGGCCCUGGGGCCGCUGCCCUGUCGCUCCCCCCGACCCCCCCUGAGUUGCAGUAGGGCAUAAUCAUGAAUAUGCAAUAUUCCAAUUGUGAUUGGCCAAUGCCAAUUUAGCAACCAUUUUUAACUGUUGUUUUUAAAAUUAAAACAAUUUCUUUCAUUGCAAUUGAUACGCCUAGGAACCAAGAUUUGUGUCUUAAUAUUUGUUUAAAUUUGAAUGUGCUGUAAAGUUAAUAAUGACAAUUAUUAAUGAACUUCACUACACAGGUAAGAAAAGCAAGCGGCAGUCAACUAAACAUAGAGUCAAGGUAGAGAGAAAGGUAAGCAUACUUAUAACUCUUUCCUCUGUAUUCAAAAAAUAUUAAACUUAAAAAUUUAAAUAAUCAGUUAAUUUGCAUAAGAAAUUUUAGAGGAAAUCCAUAAGCCAAUUUUUGUUUAUGCUUGCAGGUUAGAGAACAUAACAGAAAGCAGAAGAAAGCAGACAAACUAAAUUCCAAAAAAAGUAUGUUAUAUAACCUUUUCUGCAAAUUACUUAAUAUCCUUUAGCACAGCAGGUCGCAACCGCUUUGGGGGUUGCACGACCCUUUCCCAGGGCUCGCCUAAGACCAUCUGAAAACAAAUAUGCUCUACAGUUAUGAAAUAGCAACGAAAAUAAUUUUGUGGCUGGGGUCGCCACAACAUGAGGAACUGUAUUAAAGGGUCACGGUAUUAAGAAGGUUGAGAACCACUGCUUUAGUAGAAGAAAUCAGACCAACAAAAAUUUCAGUUUUGUGUCACUCAGUUAUACAUGCCAAUUUAGUUAAAUUAAAAAAAAUAAUAAAAAUUCAGACAUACUUUUAAGCUGUUUUGAUGGGGUAGAGAGUAGUCUUAAAUCAUUGGUAAUGGGCAUAAUUUUAAGGGCUACCUUAUUUUUCACAGUAACCAAUAUUUAAAUUCUUUCACUUCCUGUAAUCCUACUUCCGCCAACAAAAGGAAAUCUCUUAAGUUUUUUACUGUUACUUCUGUUACUUGUCAUACUUCUUUUGUCCUGUCUAUUAAUUAAGUUUAGCACACCUUGUUCUUAUAUUUUAAAUAUAGGCAGUAGUCCAUAAUGCUCUACUAGAAGCAAACGUUUUGUAUGCUAUAGAAGUAUUUGUGUAAAAGGAUGUAAGAUACACAUGUUUAAAAAAAAGUUGUAAUUAUGCAAAUUAAUUGUACAUGUCUUUUUUUCUACUAGAAGUACGGAAGGAUCCAGGAAUCCCCAAUAUCUUGCCAUUUAAGGAAGAAGUUCUUAAAGAGGCACAAGCUUACAAACAAAGGGUUAGUACUAGACUACUAUGAAGCCAGAUUUUUGGAUUUAAAAAUCAUUUUUAAAGCUGAAAAUGUAAUGAAUUAUUCAGUGAAAAUAUAGCUCAAGUUUUAAAUGAAAAAAAUCUUUUUCACCUAUUGCGAAAUCUUUUACCUUAUGUUUUUUAUCUCUGUAAAUUUGCAGUUGGAAUUGGAAAAAGAAAAGAAAAAAGCAUCAAGGAAAAAGGCAAGGGAAAGACUUCAAAACCAGAAUAGGAAUCUGUCUGAUUUUGUUAAAGAUGCAGAAAAGCGCCAGGCUGCCUAUGAUAGACAGGUAAACAUAAAGUUUUAUUGAAUGAAGGAAUUCCUAAAUAUAUAAUGUUCAUAGUGCAACCAUGGCCAGAUGGUAUAAAAUCAGGCUAAUCUAACUAGUUAGUUUUUUUAUAAGACCUCUAUGACUAACUAAUUUGAUUGUUUCUAUUAGAACCAUGGAGGUGAUGAGCCAGAAAAGCUUCAAAAUGCAAAUAAAGUCAUUGAGAAUUCUAGGAAGACAUUCUACAAGGAGUUCAAAAAGGUAACUUAAACUAACAAGUUUACUUUUUCUUUACCUUCCUUAUAAGAGAUGUGUUAAAACACAGAUCCAUAAUAAGAGGGCCUCAUUGUCUAUACUCAGGUCGUAACCCAUUCGCAAUUAAAUGUAGAAACACCACCUGGAGUACUAAGCAAAGGGAGAUAAGUACAAGCAUCCCAAUGUUAUAAAAAUAAUUGAAUCACUAAACAUCAUGCAAUUUUAACAAAACAAGAAUAUAAUUUUUAAAAAUAGACAAAUGAAUAAAAUUUCUAAAAAUAUCCCUGUAUAUUUUUAUUUACUUCUUUUUGCUGUAAAGCAACAUAACCAGUUUUUAAAAUUUCUGCAUCAUUUUAGGAGGUUUGCAGUGAUUUUAGGGUUUCUUGAAAUUUUGAAAAUCAGUAAUCCUUGUAGGAGAAUUGUUGUUGCCCUGGUUCUACUACUGUCCUUGUUAUCAUCAGAUGAAGAAUGGUAACAUGAACAUUUUCUGCCUAAUAUGGGCCUCAGCAUAAGGUGACAGCUGUAUGGCAUAUUUGUUGUUUCCAUCAUCACCAUGGCAUAAAGCUGUACCAUUCAAUUUUCAUUAGUCUACAUAAACAGUCUGCAAUAAUAUGCUGUAAUGCUCUCAACUGGAAAGCUAUCAAUGCAACCUUUUAUUUCUCUAAAUCAGUCUGCUCAGUAACCCUGGUCAUAUUGUCAUCAGACCCCACCAGUAUCAUUCUUCAAAUUCGAUUAUUAGUCUCAGUAGUUUUAUAUAAUAUACGUCAAUAUCGUUAUCUUCAUUGCUGGUAUUAUUGUUCAGAGAAUAUCUGUAUUGCCGCCAUCAAACUAAAAUAUCAUAGCAAUAAAUUCUCGUACAACACAAUCACACAUUCACUAAUAUUAUACCAAAUUUACAACUCGUAGCUCACAAAACGAAAAAAAUAAAAAUAUCAGCUUUUUUAAAACAAAAUAAAAUUCAUAUUUUUAAAUUAGCCCAAUGCUAUUAGCAUGGAAACAACACUUCUUACGGGACCAUCAGGUAUGUGUACGUUACUAGCCGAAAUGACACAAUGGUUCACUUUAGUAGCGGGGGGAGGGGGGGACAUGUCUCAAUGGUAGCGAAUGUGUUAAAUUAUUUGGUUGUAUAUAUUAUGGCACAUGAGAACAUUGGUUUAAGUUGUAUGUUUAUUACAGGUUAUAGAUGCUGCUGAUGUCAUUUUAGAAGUGCUCGAUGCAAGAGAUCCUUUAGGCAGUCGAUGUUUGGAGGUUGAAGAGGCGGUACGGUCAGCACCUGGUAACAAACGCCUUGUUCUGGUUCUUAACAAAAUAGGUAAAUCCACGCUUUAACAUUCAGUAUUUUAAUAAUUUCUGGAAUUUUUUUCUUUAUCUGGAGAAAAGUAAAGCAGCCUUUUUAACAAAAUUUUAACUUUCAAUUUUACAUUCUUUUACCAUUAUGUAUAUUGUAUUAUUUAAACAGAAUUGGAGUUUUUACCAUAUGUUUAUCCAUUUCUCUGCAUAGAUCUUGUACCUAAAGAGGUUGUGGAAGCCUGGCUGAAACAUUUGAGGAAAGAACUACCAGCCAUUGCAUUUAAAGCUUCUACCCAGCAACAAAGAGAUCGUUUAGUGAGUGCACAUAACUCUGCUUUAUUUUAAAUAAACUUAGUUUUAAAAUACCUGUAUUUUAGAAGAUAGAGGAUGUUAAAAAUACUCUUUUUGAGUGCUCUAAAAUUGAUGUUGUUCCUGAGCUUUAAAAUUCAUAACUUUCUUAUAAUUUGAGAUACAGUAAUAAAAUUGGUGGUUCUGUUCUGAUAAAGCCAAGCUCUAUUCAGGGGAAUCAUUGUAUUUUAUUUCAUUUCAAUUAUGUAAUUUUCAAUUAGAAUACCUAAUCAAAAAUGGUAACCAUAUAUUUUCAUUAAGUGUUUAUUGAAGAACCAGGACCUCAAACAAUCUGUCUAUAAAUCAGAAUCAUGAUUAUUGAGAGAUAGUUUUAAAAUAUAUUUUAUUGAAGGGUCAUUUACCCUGAUUAUAUCUGGUUGGAUAAGAUUAAUAUUUUUCUUACCAGACACAAACUAAAGUUGAUUACGCCGUAGCAAGUGAUGAUCUUCUUAAAUCCAGCAACUGUCUUGGCGCUGAUGUUCUAAUGAAGCUGCUCAGGAACUAUUGUCGUAGCACUGAGAUGGCUAUAAAUGUUGGUGUUGUGGGUAUGUGAUAACCUUAGACGAUUCUAUGAUGGAUUAAUUUUUAGAUUGUAUAGCUGCAGUUCUCUAAAUUUGCAUCUAAUUAAUUUUAUGAAGGACAUAAUUUAAAAGAGAGCUGAAUACUAGAACUUUUUGAUGUGUUCAUGUUUCAAUGUUAUUUACUUAAGUUUUCUGUAAAGGUUCAUGUUUAUUAUGGAAUGCGUUUUCAAGAUCUGGUUAUGAAUCAACCUAAAAAACCCUUACGAAAGUAAAUUAAAGUAUUUGAAAAUUUUGUUAUGUAAAGUGUACAGUCAUUAAUUACUUACUCUUUUUAAAAUUUCUUGUCUAAAGGAUUUCCAAAUACAGGAAAAAGUAGUAUCAUCAACAGUUUGAAAAGAACUAAGGCAUGUGAAGUUGGGGCUAUACCAGGAGUCACCAGGUGAGCUUUGUGUAUUGAGAACAGUGCGGAUUGUCCAUUCUGGUGGUCAAUUCAUUAAUUUUUAAAACAACAAAGGCAGUGUUUCUUUACCUUGUGCCUGUAGUUUUUAUUUAUUCUCUACCAUUAGCCGUGGCCUAAAUCCGGUUAUAUGACCCACUAAUUCCAACUGACUUUUCAGAACAAUGCAGUCUGUCCACUUAGACAAACAUAUCAAAUUAUUAGACAGCCCUGGUGUUGUCAUGACUAACAGUCCGUCUGAUGUUGCUGCUGUGCUGAGAAAUGUUGUCAAGGUAAGACUGUCCUACAUAUUAUUUGAAACUUGAAUGAUGCUUCAGCCCAUACAUUACACUAACAGAUGAUUCAUCUUUUAUUAUUGUUUAGCUUUGCCACAUUUUAACUCUUUGAUACUAUUAAGAUGAUCUGUGUGUUAAUCAGAUCUCAUGUUUAUAGCCAAGCAUUACUCGUGAGGGCUUAAUUUUCUUUUCAACAGUUGGAGUCUCUGGAGGACCCCAUUCCCUGUGUGGAAGCAAUAUUGUCUAGGUGUCAGAAAAUGCAGGUGAGUAGCUUUGUUUUAGAAAGACAAAUAAAGGGUUUAAAUGCAUAUAAAAUAAAUUCCCCCAAAAAUGCUAAAUUUUAGAUAUGCUUUUGUCCAUCUAUGGAAGUGUAAGAAUGUAAAUUAUGAAGCUUAAAAAUUGAAUGGCUUGCCUCGUUGUGAAAAGAGGUUAAAAAAAAACAAUAACAGUUCACCAAAUGAAAUUCAGAGUGAUAGCUAACAUAAACUUCAAAAAUGACUAAUUUAUUUAUAGACCUUUUCCCUUCUUCACAUCAUACAUUGUUGGUGACACAGCCGUGUGUAAUCAUUUUAAAUUGGUCGUAUUUGACAAAAAUUGUGUUCGCCUCUUUUUAUUAUUUUUUUUAUAAGUGUUGUAAAUAGUAGAUUACUAGUAAUCUUGUACUUAAACAAAAAAAACAGAUGAUGCUUCAUUACAACGUCCCAGACUACAAAGAUGUCAAUGAAUUCCUUACUUUAUUAGCCACAAGAAUGGGAAAACUGAAGAAAGGAGGCAUACCAGAUAUCAGUAGGGCAGGCAGGCGUCUGCUUCAGGACUGGAACAUGUAAGAACAAAAUAUUCUGGAACCAUAAUAUGGCAUUUAGACUUUUAAGUGAACCUUAAAGAAAUCUAAAUGAUGUGAUAUACAUAACAGCUGAAAAUGGCACAUAUCGAUAUGUGUAAAACCUAUUAGAUAUAAAGAAAUGUUUGCCUCUUAAUAAAAUUGGUUGUAAUUGAUUUUUAUGCUUCACUUCUAAAAAACACAGGGGCAAAAUAACAUACUACACCAUGCCCCCUGAACCAGCCAAUGAUGCUGCCAGCCAUAUAGAGGCUAAAAUUGUCACAGAAUGGGGCAAGGACUUUAACAUUGAUGAUCUGGUGGUAGAAGAGACAAGAAUGUUAGCUGGUAGGCAAUCUGUGAUGAUAGAGAAAUGCUGGUAGUUAGAACUAAAGGUUAAAUAUGCACAUCAAAUUGUGGACUCACCAAAUUGAAAGAAAGGGUCAUACUGUGUCCCACUAUGUCAUUGCUAUGCUGGUAAACCUGUCUCAUAUCUUUUUAACCAUCUCAUCUAGGUCUGAGAAGAAAAGAUAACUCAAUGUUGGUGUCAUCAGUGGGCUCCCUGAAGGCCGUGAUGAGAGAGGAAGAUUUGGAUGAGCAAGAAAAGGAUGAGAAUAUGGGAGAUGAGGAUGGUAGUGAUGAUGACUAUGAGGACAUAGAGGAAAUGGAAGAUGAUAGUAAAGAGGUUAAUAGCUGAUUUUGACAUUUAAACUUCUAGUGAUGUGUUAUUGCAAAUGCAAGUAUACAACUUUAUCUCAUAGUUUGCCUCUCAUAUGAAUUUUCAUGUGACAUCACAAGGUUUGAACCUGUUCUAACUAGCUUGCCAAAUUCUUGUGUCAGUUUAUGAAAGGGCUCUGUCAUAAAUUAAAUGAUGGAAGAGCUCUUCUCAAAGUUGUAUUCUUUUAUCUUAUGCAAUUUGUUUUUACAUUUUUAUGUGUAUAUUUUCUGUUGAGGUGUACUGUACAUUGAUCUACAGAACUCGAUCAGCUUUUAGAAUGUACUUCAGAACUCAAGAGAACUUUUAUAUAAUAUAUAUAUAUAUUUAAUUUUUUUAAACUAUAUAAAUAUAUAUUUUUUAAACUGUUUUAUUUUGUUUUUUUUAAAUUGAAGAAAUUUCAUUAUGAUUUUCACAGCUCAAAGGAGUAACAGUGACUUUGGGGAAAAAUUCAGUGGAUGGCAAGAAACAAAAUAAAAGAAAUGGACCUCUUACUACCAACAAAGGUAAACCAAGAGGUCCUCCACCAAAAACAGCACUUGAAAAAGUAGGUGGACUAACAACCAAGAAGAGCAAAAAGUUGGCUGAAAAGAAAGAGAAAAAGAAAAGGAAGCGAGCAGGUUGGUGGUAUACUUUUUGUUGUAAAUUUCUAUGUUGAUAUGUGUUUAAUUUUGAUGCAAAAUCAUGUAAGCAAUCAGCAAUGGAAACGACCCAUCUGCUGUUUUAUACCCACGUCACCGAUUACACCCCCCCCCCUCUCAUUUCAGUUUUUAUUACGAAAGUAUUGCCAACAAGUUUAAUAAAGUUGAUUUCCAGACAUAUUUUUAGAUUACCUUGAAGUGAUUACUUUGGAAAUGCUUAAAACAAGCUUUUCCCCUCAGAAACAAACUAUUAUAAAUGUUCAAUAAGUACAAUUUCAAAUAAAACUUCUAACAUAGCUAUUCAAUUAUUCCAUUUGUUGCCAUUGCUCAUUUAAUUGCAUUCAUUUUAAAUUAUCGGUUGGUUAGAUAAGAAACUUGUAAAGCUCUUUAAUAAAAAAAAAAUUUAAAUGUUGCAUAUUGUGUUAUUCCAGUUGAUAAUUCAUUGACAUUGAUUUCUGUUGCAGAUGCUGUGGCUGGAAAGUUAUCUAAUGCGCUUGAGACAGCCCUGGAAGGACUUGGUGGCCCAGAUUACAGCUUUGAGGAAAACUUUUCAUGAUCAUAACAUAGUGCGUUGUGGUGUAUAUUUAUGUGAAUAAAUAUGAAUGAAAUGCUUUAUUGAUGAUGUACUCUUGUCUUUAACUUUAGCGAUUAAUUAAAGAAAAAAGAACACCAAUUUUAAA